UUUUAUUUUUUACUUCCAGGGAAGAAAAAACUGCCAAGAAUAAAACCUACUUCAGAGAUGUUGAAAAUGAUGUUUCCAAUUCCAUACAUUCUUGUUCUGCUAGCGGAAGAUCAUCGUCCAAGUCAUCACUGAAGCCUCAGAAUAGCACUCGUGUUAAAACUACCCGUAAAGUUGGAAGUGUACCCUACGAUAGAUACAAGUGCAUACUUCCCAAACCGGAUCCGAUUCGCUAUCUCUCUCCAUAUGGAGACGGAAAUUGCGGAAGUUAUUUCAGACCCACGGAUUAUUUGCACUCACAUGUAAAAUUAUCUCAUCAAAAAGAAAAACAGCAAUUGUACCCUUGUAAUUACUGCGGUGAAGGUUUUGAAGUUUUUUUCGAGCUAAAAAAUCACACUGAACAAAAACACAGACGUGAAAAAAAUAUCGAAAAAAGCCCCAGCUCCAAGCUCCAACAUACAUGACCGAUGAGAAAAAAGGAGUCUGUUCAGGCAAUCCCUUAGCGUAAUUAAUCAUAGGUAUUUAUAAGAAGGCUAUACAAGUGGUACUUAAUUUUGAAUUAAAAACAUUCGUCUUUAAUAUGUAUCGUUUUUAUUAUAAUUAUAAAAUGUGCAAAGAGCAGAACACCAAUCAUGUGAAUAAGUUUAAUGUAAGUAGGUGAUUCCCUGAUUGUAAUUGGAAUAUGGGAUUUCAUCAUUCAUGUCCUGACUAUUUCUUUUCUGUGGUCUAUGACAUGAGUCACUACAUUAUACGCGCAGUCGUGUAACAAGCACCAGAAUGUCGCUUUACCAAAUACUAUCACUGAAUCAUGCACUCCUGUCUCCUACCGACGUCAGGAAUAAAAAAAAAAAAAAGUAAAAACUCUCAUAAUCACAAAAAUGAAUGAAAAAAAAAUCAACAGAAUAAACUGAAUUCCAUACUCCCCCCCUCAGCCACAAGAUGGGGGAUUUAGUCAAAGUCAGGAUCCGUAUAGAGAUAGACCGCAAAAACGCAAAGAAGAAAACUUAAUCUCAACUGCCACUCCCACUGAGCAUGUGAGCAAAAAAAAUAUACGUAAAUAUGUAACACCUUACUACAGAAAAGUGGGUAAAAGGCAACGUUGUCACAUGAUUAGGGUUCACUGUAAAGCUACAUACAUAUGUACAUAACGCAACACAUGAUGUCCUUCUAACAUCGCGCGCUGCAGCAUAGUUUACAUCGAGUCGAUUAUGAAUGAAAUACGUUAGAAAGAAACCUUCGCGGAAUUCAUGGGUCUAGCAUUUUUCAGUUUCACAGGCUAAUUGAAUUAAUUCCAGAGUUGCGACGAAUUUAGAAUUUUGUUGAUUAUUUAAUUGCGUUUAUCAAAUUUGAUAUUUGGUCGAAUCUUCAAUGGAGUUGGACGAUCUCAGUUUCAGUGAAGUACUCAAUAAAAAACGUUUAUUCGAUACAAAAUGGAAAGAACUCACUAACGAACUGAUAAGAGAACGUGAUGCUUCAAAGUCAUCUUUAGAAAAAGCCAAUCUUAAAAUCGUAGAGCUUGAAACCACCUUGGCAAUGUACAAAGCAAAAGAGUCGAUGUUUGAAAAUGAGAAACUUAUUUUAUCUCAGGCAAUCAACACGUUGCACCAAGAACUAAGAAACGAAGACUUUGUAUCAAAAAAAUUCAAUGAAGUAGAACAGAGCGUAUCAGAGUUAAACAAAGCUGUCGAAAAAUUAACAUCUGAGCUUGAAAAAACGGCAAAUUCCUCGAAAGACGUAAAUAAUUCCACCAGUAAGGCUAAGACUAAGUGCUUUGAAGAAAUUCAUAUUGAUAAUGAUCAAGAAGCUUUGAUUAAAAGUAAAGAAAAUGAGCAAAUUGCCUGUGAAGACGACAUUGAAUGCCAUGUUAUCGACGUGAUGCUCAGCGAUGAUGAACUUCCACCGGAGCAUUAUGAUGAUGAAGCAUCAGAACCAUCACUGUUGGAACCAAAAUUAAAACAAAAAACUGGAUCAUUGCGAAAUAGCACGGACAACAAAAGUGAUAACUGCGAUGAGGUACCUUUGACAGAUGUAACGGCAUCAUCCUCACAAUUGCUUCCAAAUCGCAAUGAAAAAAUAAAUCAAUCUCAUUCAUUUACAAAUGAGAAAAUUCCAUCGCCUACCACUGCAAAGUCCUCGGAUAUUACCGAUGUAUUAGUUGAAUCCAAUGAAGAUUUAGCUGAUCGAAACACUGAAAUCAUUGAUACGUCAGCGCCAUUGCAGCCUAAAAGCUUGAAAAUAUUGUUAGAAAAGUUGGUGGAUGUGCAAGAGGGUGUGGGAAAAAAAUUUGUGACAGGAUCUGGGAAGAAUUCAGAUGUCGAUACAAAAAUCCCUUCUUCUUCGUUGCGUUAUAAUGUGAAGAAAAAAAAUGCUGUGAGGUUAAGGAAUAAAACCUACUUCAGAGAUGUUGAAAAUGCUGUUUCCAAUUCCAUAGAUUCUUGUUCUGCUAGCGGAAGACCAUCGUCCCAGUCAUCAGUGAAGCCUCAGAACAGCACUCGUGUUAAAACUACUCAUCGUAAACUUGGAAAACCAUAUUGUGUGAUGGACAAGAAGAAUAAUCCAAGUAAUCCAGUUCCACGAUUCACCAUUCUUAGACCCGGUACCGACCUUUAUCGUGACGUAUUCAAAAAUCAUCCCAAACCGUAUUCAAUUUGUUAUCUCUGUCCCUAUGCAGACGGAAAUUGCAGAAGUGUUUUCAGAUCCAUGGAUCAUUUGCGCUCACAUGUAAAAUUAUUUCAUCAAGAAGAAAAACAGCAAUUGCACCCUUGUAAUUACUGCGAUGAAAGUUUUGAAGAUUUUUUCGAGCUAAAAAAUCACACUGAACAAAAACACGGGUAGGAAAAAAUAUCGAAAAAAGUCCCAGCUCCGACGUACUAAUAAAAUGACAUGAUGAGAAAAGUGAAGUCUGUUUGGGCAAUUCUUUAGCGUACCUAAUUUUUCAUAAUUGUAAGAAGGCACCUAUGCAUAAGUAUGCUACUAUUUUUAAAUAAAAACAUUCGUAUUUAAAA